CUCCAACCACUGCGAAAUUCCUUGAGAAACUGAACAAGAAAUUUGAUGACCCAGGUAGAAAAGGCGCGAGAUUUUUCCCUCUCCACUUUUGGGUUUUUUUGCUCCAUGAAUUGAUAGAUGGCGCUGAUGGUGGAGAAGGGAAUAUUGUGGAAACGUCAGCUGAGAGAAAGAAGAAAAAAAGGGUGGAAUUUUUAUGUUGAAGAAAAUUUGUGUUUUUUAGAGAAAUAACAUUAUCAUUUGACCAAAAGUGGCGUGAAAAAAGUGAUGAAUAUGAAGAAGAAGGUACUUCUGAUGGGGAAGAGUGGAUCUGGGAAGACAAGUAUGCGAUCCAUCAUCUUUGCCAACUACAUCGCCAGAGACACGAGGCGUCUGGGAGCUACAAUUGACGUUGAACACUCUCACGUGAGAUUCCUGGGCAAUCUAGUGCUGAAUCUGUGGGAUUGCGGCGGUCAGGAGUCCUUCAUGGAGCAGUACUUUGCAUCGCAGAAGGAGAACAUCUUCCGGAAUGUGGCUGUUCUUAUCUAUGUGUUCGAUGUUGAGAGUCGGGAAUUGGACAAGGAUAUGCACUACUACCAGUCAUGCCUGGAGGCUAUUCUGCAGAAUUCACAGGAGGCCAAGAUCUUCUGCCUGGUUCACAAGAUGGAUCUCGUGGCGGAGGAUCAGCGUGAGCAGAUUUUUAAGGAUCGUGAAGAUGAUCUCAAGAGGCUAUCGAAGCCACUGGAGUGCACCUGCUAUCGCACCAGUAUCUGGGAUGAGACACUCUACCGGGCCUGGUCAAAUAUUGUCUACAUGCUGAUACCCAAUGUCAAGGCUCUCGAAUAUUCCCUGGGCGUCUUUGCCAAGAUUAUCGAUGCAGACGAGGUACUGCUCUUCGAGAGGGCUACAUUCCUCGUGAUCUCGUCAUUUGAGCGCAAGGAGCAUCGGGAUGCCCAUCGAUUUGAGAAGGUUUCCAACAUCAUCAAACAAUUCAAGCUCUCUUGCUCGAAGCUUGGCGCCAAAUUCCAUUCCCUCGAGGUCAGAAACAGCUGCUUCGCUGCCUUCAUUGAUACCUUCACGAGCAAUACGUACGUGAUGGUGAUAAUGUCGGAUCCGGGAAUGCCGAGUGAGGCUACUCUCGUCAAUAUUCGCAAUGCCAGGAAGCACUUUGAGGAACUGGAGAGUCCAAAUAGCAACAGUCUCAACAUAAGCUAUCAGAACUGAAGGACAUCCUAUUCAAUGGGGAAAUAUUUUUGAUGAAUUUGUUUAAAUGAAUAAUUAAAGUUUAUUUUGUUGUCACAAUACGCAAAACAAAAA